AUGAAAGCUCUACAGAAACCCUUUAUAGUUAGAGUUUUGUCUGACUUUUACAAUUCUAAAUUAAUUUUCAUAGGAUUAGCCCUAACAGUUCUAGGAUUUAAGUAUAAUUGUUUAUAACUAUCUUUAGCUUUAUAAUCAUUUAUAAAAAAAAGAUGAUUAUCUAAAACUUGUUAUAUGGAUCAUACCUAUCAUAGCUAUUUUAGGAUUUUUGGAAAUGGUUUCUUAGGUAUACUUUAUGCUAAUAAUUGUAAAAUCAUGUUUAGAUAGAAAGUGAACAGAAAUUAUCAAUAAAAUAGAUUAUUGGCUAUUAGCAUUCUAAUUAUUUUGACUCAAAAACUAUCUUUAUAAUUAGCAUUGUUUUUAUAGUAUAUGGCUUCAUUUCUUUUAUAAUUUCACUAAUUUAAAGAAAAUUAUAACAACAGUUGGACAGAAAGCAGAAAUUAUCAAUAAUUACCUUCUAAUUGAUUAACUUCAGGAAAAAUAAAACUACUAAGAAUCUUUAUUAAAAGUUUUUUUGUCUCUUACUGUGUUGCUGGAAUUAUUUUUUAUGUUUUUGCUUAUAUCUCUAUUUUAUUUAUUUACAGCUCACAUAAAAACGAUGAACCCUAAUUAGCUUUUGAAGCAUUUUAAAUUAAUAAUAUUGAAAUAAUAUUAUUAACAAUUAUAAAAUUAAUUCUCAUUCCAUUUCUCAUUAUUGAAUUUAGUUAGUUAUUAACAUUAUUAUUGAAAUCUAUAGAUAAUAAGUUUUGGAAGACGAUAAAGAAUAUAUAUAAACGUUAGAUUUAUAACUUAAAUAAGAAUCUUUAUAGAAUUGUUUUGGUAAAAUUGUUAGAUAUCAAUUUGGUGAGUUGA